AUGACCAUGGAAGCCAUAAGAAAGCAAGCGGCGAAACUCAGAGAGCAAGUCGCGAGGCAACAACAAGCGGUUUUGAAGCAUUUAGGUCAUGUUAAUGCGGAUGCUGUUGUUGUUGAUGAAGAAGAGCUUCAUUGUCACCAGAAACUUCAAGAUCUUUAUAGCUCUACUAAGGCAGCAAAGCGUUUGCAAAGGAACAUCGUUCGUGGGCUCGAAGGUUUCAUCGCGACAGGCACGAAGGUUGUAGAGAUAGGUUUGAAGUUUGCUGAAGAUUUCAAGAAAUAUGGAGACGAGAAUCCAGAUGCUAACACUCCUCUCUCAAGAAUUGCACAUCACUUUGGGACCUCUUACAAGUCUGUGGAAGAUGGUAGGGAAACUCUCCUUGGAGUUCUUAGUGAGCAGGUUUGUGAGCCAAUCCGUACAAUGAUAUAUAGUGCGCCUUUGGAAGAUGCUAGGCAUUUAGUGAAUCACUACGACAGGCUGAGACAAGAAGUCGAAGCACAGGCAACUGAUGUACUGAGGAGAAGAUCGAAGUUGAAGGAAUCUGAUGUUUCUGAAGAAACCUACAUGAAGCUUAAGAACUCUGAAUCGAGAUUGGCCGAGCUCAAAUCAAGUAUGAAAACCCUUGGCAAAGAAGCUACUAAGGCCAUGUUAGAAGUCGAUAAUCAGCAGCAGAACGUAACUUAUCAGCGCCUCCGUGCUCUGGUUGAAGCCGAGAGAACAUAUCAUCGUAACGCUCUUGAUAUCCUCGAUAAGCUACAUUCCGAGAUGAUUGCUGAGGAAGAAGUUAUAGAAUCAUCACCAAAGUCACUACCUUUGCAUAUAGAGGCUGCUGUUUCUCAUCCCCAAGAAGAAACGAAUUUGAAUCCGGAGGCAGAGAUCAAAUCAAAUCACCGAGAAGAAACCACGUCUACUCCCAAAGAAGUAACCAAACCCAAUCCAAAGGACGAAUUAAAGUCUAGUCCCGAAGUAGAAACCAGAUCCAGUCCUCAGAAAGAAGUCAAGUCUUCUAGUCCACAGGAAGAGAUCAAAAACUCGAAUGGAUCUGAUGAUCAUCACAAUCAUCAACUUCUCAGCCAAAAUGAUUCCUACUUUCUAGCAAAAGUUGUUCACCCGUUCGAUGCUCAAGCCCAAGGGGAGCUAAGUCUAGCUGUUGAUGAUUAUGUAAUCGUACGACAGGUGGCGGGGACAGGCUGGUCGGAAGGAGAGUACAAGGGCAAAGCCGGAUGGUUUCCGUCGGCUUAUGUGGAGAAACAAGAGAAAGCUCCUGCGAGCAAAAUUAAAAGCUUUGCUGCUGAAUCGGCGUUUAUAAUCGCCAAAUCGGACACCCUAAAAAUCUUCAAGCCUGGUUUAAACGGAAAACCUUUCAACGCCGUUUCCUGUACAAAGAUUAUAACUCCAUCAUCGCUUAUUAUGUACAACAAGAUGCUCAAAUCUUUCGCUGAGACUAAAAGCUUCUCGAAAGUUUUGGCCUUGUUCGGUGAAUUGCGAGGAGAAGGCUUAAUCUUGAAAUCGGUGAAGGGAUUCACAGAAUUCGAAACGAGUGUAAAGAUUGGGAAUGCCUUGGUUGAUAUGUUCUGUAAAUGCGGGUGUCUCAAUAAAGCUAAAGUGGUUUUCAAUUCGAUGAGAAGCAAGAACGUCAAGUGUUGGACCAGCAUUGUCACUGGGUAUGUGAGUAACGGUAGAAUCGAUGAGGCUAGAGAGUUGUUUGAGAGGAGUCCUGUGAAAGAUUUAGCUGAACGGAUAGCGAAGAAGCUGGAGAAAGUGGAAGUUAGUGAUUCAAGUGCUCAUACUCUGCUUGCGAGUGUAUACGCAUCUGCUAAUAGAUGGGAAGAUGUAACGAGUGUGAGAAGGAAGAUGAAAGAUUUAGGAAUCAGAAAGUUUCCUGGUUGCAGCUCCGUGGAGGUUGAUGGGGUUCCUCAUGAGUUUAUCGUUGGAGAAACAUCGUCUCACCCGAAAAUGGAUGAGAUCAACUCGGUGCUGCAUCAAACUACAAAUUGGAUGUUGAGUUUGGAACAUGAAGAGAUUGAAAGUUGA